AUGAAUACCUUUAAUAUUGAUAAGAAUAGAUUUAUGAAAAAGGCAAAUGAGAAGAAAUCAUAAAAAAUGAUAUCUACAAAUCCACUUUUAAUAUUAAAAAUUAGGGAAGAAGAUUUUGACGAUCUAAACUCUCCAACCUCACCUCAUUUAUCAAUACCUAUUUUUAGUCCAACCAAAUUCAUAUUUCCAACACCAGGCACCUCUUAAAAAGUUAAAUGA